AUGAUUCUGAGUCUACCUGCAGAGCUGGUGCAGCUCAUCCUGAGAAGUUGUGAUGGCCCGACUUACCUACAACUUGCAUUCUGCUGCCACACUUUGCUCGAUAUCGCAUCAAGUAGCCGAGAGCUGAUGUUGCAUCAAUUAUGCAAUACACCUGGUGACACUAAAGAUAUUGAUGCUUGUUCAACAACGGCCCUGUUUCGACUCCUCUUGCAACGUUCCUACCGACAUCUAUAUGGCACCGAAUUCUACACGAAGCGUAAGCUCUUUGAUUUCCAGGAUAAGGUGAUUGAUGUCCGCGCAUCGACUCUGCAAACUUCUGCAUUCCAAAAUCGAGCUGUCCUCGCCUUCGAGGGCCAUGAAGCGGUCUAUCUCGCGGACAUCCGAAAUGGACAAUUGGCUUUCCGGUGCUGCUUUCAUUCCCCCGCAAGGCGUUUUGGAACAACCGAAGUUCUUCACACUGCAUUUGAUGAAAAUGGAGUGUACGUGCUCCAUAGAUUCCAGCCAUUCCCAGAUAAAGAGUUGGACCCCAGCCACCCUUUUGUGAAGCAAGCGCUGCAAGCCAAUCUGAACGGUAAGAUAUUUCUAGCCUAUCACGAGCUAGGAUCCCUCGGUAACCCUGUUCGACUGUAUGGCUUUAACGAGGAGAGCGAAUAUGAACCUUUGGCUUUCGCAGCUCAUGGUGAGAGGUUUGCAAUCUCCUGGCAACACCAACAGUAUUCUCCAGACCACCAGGUGGUUCUUUACACCAUCGCAGAUAGCGCAGAUGGUGAGGGCACAGAUGAUUCUGAGGUUGGCUCGGAAGAAAGCGAGUUCGAUGAGCUUGAAGAUGAAGAUGCAGCAUCCACCCGAAAGAGAUACGAGAGCCCCCGGAUCAUCGAUUCUAAAUAUGCUUCUUUUGUCCUUACAGACACAAACGAGAAAGGAUCCAGUGACCCGGCGCUGGAAGGAAGAGGGCCAACCAUGAAAUUGGUCUUCAAUGACCGUGGACUCCAAUUGCUGCAUCAUUACAAAGCUCACACGCUCUACAGCUCAUUUCAGCGGAUGCAAUUUCUCCACGAAAGAAGUCAGCCCCGUCCACCUGUCAAGGAGAAUGCUUGUGUGGUGGAAUACACAGAUUCGCUUUCGCUCCAAUUCUCGAUUGGGAUCCCAUUCUUUCUUUCCCACCGUACCGGGGAUGAGUCUCCGGUACCAGGCAGCUGUCACUGGCAAUAUUUAGCAGUAGGAAUUGCGACCCACCGGGUAGAGCAUUGGACUGUGGCCUGUCUGUUGGAGUCAGAAGCCUACUGCCAGUCUCGGCGAUGUUCACAUGCCAUGAACCUCGAGCGCGGAAGGCGGUUUGAUAACUGGGUAAUCAAGGCGCAACUGGGAGGGUUCCAAGAAUCAAGUACCUCACACGGCUCUAUCAUUGCUGCAUCGCAUCGAGGAUCUCGAGUUGCCAUUGCCAACUGGAAAACAGUGACGGUCUGGGCCUUGGAGCCGGAAAAGCUGAUUGACGACGAAGAGAAUGGCUACUACCCUGAGUCGUGGAGACUGGCUGCCAAUGGAACGACGGAGUUACGACCUGCCACGAUCCACCUGGAUGCUGUCUGUUGGCAGCUACGGUUUACUGACCGGGAAGACGAAAAUGAACUGGUUGUGAUCACCGACCGAGGGCUGUUGUUCCUAGAUCUGAGGCCCGACGGUCGAGGGGGGCAGGUGGUGGAAAAACAAAAGAGCCGGGGAAAUCGGGUUCCGAGUCCAUGA